GACCGGAAGCUGCCCCCCGCGGUCGGGCUGAAGAUGGCGUAUCAGAGCCUGCAGCAGGAGUACUUGCAGAUCCCCCUAGUAACGCGGGCCUACACCACCGCCUGUGUGCUCACUACUGCCGCUGUGCAAUUAGAAAUAAUCACACCAUUCCAGCUGUACUUCAAUCCCGAACUUAUAUUUAAACACUACCAAGUUUGGAGAUUAAUUACAAAUUUCCUGUUUUUUGGUACAGUGGGAUUUAAUUUUUUGUUUAAUAUGAUAUUCCUAUAUCGAUACUGCCGGAUGCUUGAAGAAGGGUCAUUCAGGGGUCGAACUGCAGACUUUGUCUUUAUGUUUCUCUUUGGUGGAUUUUUGAUGACUAUCUUUGGCUUGUUUGUCAAUCUAGUGUUCCUGGGUCAGGCCUUUACUAUAAUGCUCGUCUAUAUAUGGAGCAGGCGAAAUCCUUACGUCAGGAUGAACUUCUUUGGGCUCCUUAAUUUUCAGGCUCCAUUCCUGCCCUGGGUAUUAAUGGGCUUCUCAUUGUUGCUUGGGAAUUCAAUCAUAGUGGAUUUGUUAGGAAUCGCUGUUGGUCAUAUCUAUUAUUUCUUGGAAGACGUAUUUCCAAACCAACCUGGUGGGGGUCGGCUGCUCAGGACACCAAACAUUUUGAAAAUUGUUUUUGAUAUUCCGGAAGAAGACCCCAACUACAAUCCAUUGCCUGAGGACCGGCCUGGGGGUUUCAACUGGGGUGAAGGACAGCGACUUGGGGGCUAGAUGCAAACCAGCUGUAAGCAGCAAACACUCUGCAGGACCUCAAAGGAUGUAUUUGUUCUCUUUUGCCUCCCUAUGUUCCCUGUCACUCUGGUUCAGUUCAAUAAAUGCCACCUUGCAGACUGCCAAUGACUCACCCAUCAGCAAGCACAUUCUGUAUGAUGGAUACCUGUCAAAUCUCGAGGGCAUAUUAUAAUUGGCCAAUAGUGCCUGCAGCGUUGUUUGUUUUACUGGAAUCACUGACAUUUCGAUGAGAUUUAUUCCAUCAAACUGGAGAUCUGAGUGUUCACAUUACUUGUCUCUUGGAAGAUCAAAUCUCUGAAGUCGCAUUCACCUCAAUUGAAUGUGUAGCCAUAAUUUUUAUAUAACUGAUCGUUUUUAUGAGAAAUUGCUGACUGCUGUAAGAAUUCUUUUACAAUGAAAACAGAACUCAACCCAUCAGACCUCACUGUGAUCAGAGAGAUCAAAUUUCCGAGCAAAAAGACAGCAGAUGGAGUCUUUGAUCUAUUGUCAGCAGGAUUAAUGCAAGAAUAUGUUACCUAAGCACAGUCAACCUCCACAGUCUUUCCAUUGAUCUAUUUUGUCAGUCACACAUGUGGACAGCUAAGCCCAGUAGAUGUCAGUUUAGCCUGUAGCUAACCAGUAUUGGUUAAACAGACUAAUCAGUUGGUAUUACACAUUCUUUCCCUGUUACAGGCUGGUGUCAGAUGUGUAACCUGUUCAAACACAGAAAACUUUACACAAUUAGCUACCAAUAAUCUGAGAAUACCUUCGGAACUUUAUCAGUGUUGCAAAGCCUGGCAACUAGGUAACGUAAACCUGCAGCUAGAAAUGUGUUUGCUUGUGAUAUGUUAAUUCUGAGAUUCACACAACCCAAUAUAAGCUGCCCAAGUAAUGGAGUGGGUAUGUAAUCUUACUGUCAGAAAUGAUUUGACAGCAGAAGGCAAACAUUUCAGAUGCAUGCAAUGGGAGGCUGAGAUAUCGUUUUCUGUAAACUAAUCCUCUAUUAAAUUCUUACAAAUUAAUUAGCAGCACCCAAUUGUAGAGAUAUCUCAAACAAAUUGCCUUCAAAUCCAAAUAUUAAGAAUGUGUGGUCUAUAUUACAACUGCCAACUUGGAUAAAUUCCAUUAAAUGAAGCAUGUAUAACACGAUUCUCGUGUUCACAAUGUCCCACAUGAAUCUUAGCUGGGCUGGUGUCCUUGCUGACAGAAGUUGAUUGCAGGCUGGAAUUACUAGCUUUUGAUUACAAAGCAGUGUUUAAUUUCAAGGUCCAAGAACCAGAGGAAAUGCUGUGAGCACAACGGGACUAACAGCAGAUCAACCAAAUGACUGUGAACCAAGAGCAACUCUGUAAUCGGGCAGGGAGAUUGACAAGCUAAAAACUGUUCUUCUCAUAUAAACGAGAAAACAUCGCAGAUGUUGGAAAUCUGAAAUGUGAAGAUGCCGGAAAUACUCCGCAGGUCAGGCAAAAUUUCUGAAGAGAGAAGGCUAACAUUUCGUAAAAUGGUUUGGACACUGGGGAGAACUCCCCUGCUCCUCUUCAGAAUGGUGUGUAGAUAUUUUAUGUUGGUGUGAAAACCUGUACUCCAGUAAACCACAGACUUGUACUGCAAAGUUUGAAACAUUUUAAUCAAUUCACACUUGUGCCAAAUCUGAAGUACUUUGGAUGAUUCUAAUCAUAAAAUUUGAUUUGCUAA